GCUUAUAUAAGUGACGAGCAACCACGGAAAACCAAAGGAGGCUCCAUUGCUUUAGGUGGAACUGUCGGCAGCGAGCAUGAAGGCUUCAGCAUUCAUUUUUUCCCUGGCAGUCCUCACUGGCUGCAGUGCCCGCGUGGUGCAGCAGGUUGACGCCCCCGUGAGCAAAUGGGAGGAGGCCGUGGACCAGUUUUGGCAGCAUUUUGUGAAGCUGGGUGACAUAGACGAAGGGGAUGUGCAGAUCCCGGAUUUCGGCACAAAGUUUGACACAUUGAUCGCUGCCAGUAUGUACCAGCUGACGGCAUACAUAGACAACGUUUCCAUGGGCCAGCUGAGCUCCGACCGAGACUUGCAGCGCCUGGUCACCAGACUGAAGGGGGACAUGCUCAACGCCAAGGAGCAUGGCAUCCAGUCCAUGAGGCAGCAGACCAAGAGCAAGGGGCAGCAGGACUUCCAUGAUUUGCAAAGUAAUAUCAGAGCCUUCGCCACUGCGCUGAGGGACCUCCUCAACAGCGACAUCCAAGACAUCUGCAAAUACCUGAACGAGAAACAGAACUCCCAAAACCCGGACUUGGGGGAGUCCUUAGUCCAGCAAACCGGCAACCCCACCUCCCAGAGGAAGGCCGAGGGUUUGGGCCAGCAGCGGCAGAACAAGGAUGAAGUCCUUGGCACACAGCGGCAGAACCAAGAUGGAGUGCUGGGCCAGCAGCGGCAGAACCACCAUGGAGUCCUGGACCAGCAGCAGCAGAACACAGAUGGAGUGCUGGGCCAGCAGCGGCAGAACCAAGAUGGAAGCCUAGGCCAGCAGUGGCAGAACAACCAUAGAGUCCUGGAUCAGCGGCAGCAGAAUCAAGAUGAAGUCCUGGGCCAGCAGCGGCAGAACCAAGAUGGAGUCCUGGGCCAUCAGGGGCAGACCCACCAUGGAGUCCUGGGCCAGCAGGGGCAGACCCAUGAUGUAGUCCCGGGCCAGCAGGGGCAGACCCAAGAUGGAGUCCUUGGCCAGCAGGGGCAGACUCACCAUGGAGACCUGGGCCAACAGCGGCAAAACCAAGAUGAAGUCCUGGGCCAGCAGCGGCAGAACCAAGAUGGAAGCCUGGGCCAGCAGUGGCAAAACAACCAUGGGGUCCUGGGCCAGCAGCGGCAGAACCAAGAUGGAAGCCUGGGCCAGUAGCGGCAGACCCAUGAUGUAGUCCCGGGCCAGCAGAGGCAGAACCAAGAUAGAGUCCUGGGCCACCAGGGGCAGACCCACCAUGGAGUCCUGGGCCAGCAGCGGCAGAACAAAGAUAGAGUCCUGGGCCAGCAGGGGCAGACCCAUGAUGUAGUCCCGGGCCAGCAGAGGCAGAACCAAGAUGCAGUCCUGGGCCAGCAGGGGCAGACUCACCAUGGAGUCCUGGGCCAGCAGCGGCAGAACCAAGAUGAAGUCCUAGGCCAGCAGCGGCAGAGCCAAGAUGGAGUCCUGGGCCAGCAGCGGCAGAGCCAAGACGGAAGCCUGGGCCAGCAGGGGCAGAUCCACGAUAAAGUCCUGGGCCAGCAGCGGCCGAACCAGGUCAGGCAUCUGGACCAGGUAUGAGAUCGGGGCCAGGAGAAAGAGACGCAGGGCACGGUGUCGGUCUCGACUAUUCAGUGAGAGGCGGACGGCCACCUUCAACACCGACUGAGUAGAUCUGACACGCUUGCACUGAAAUUCAAGUCUGCAGUUUCAAUAAACCCCUACUGCAAACCU